GGUUUUGGAGCUUGGAAUCGUUGUUCAUUCUGUGGUGAUUGGACUCUCCCUUGGUUCCUCAAACAAUAAAUGCAGCAUUAAAGUUCUGGUGGCUGCCCUCUCUUUCCAUCAAUUUUUCGAAGGAAUGGGUCUUGGUGGCAGCAUUCUUCAGGCAGAAUACACAUUGAUUAAGAGGAUUGUGAUGGUAUUCUUCUUUUCCGUGACUACUCCAUCUGGCAUUGCACUUGGAAUUGCGCUGUCCAAAGCGUAUAAAGAGAACAGCCCGGCGGCUCUGAUCACGGUGGGGCUGCUGAAUGCGUCGUCGGCCGGGCUGCUGAUCUACAUGGCUCUGGUUGAUCUUCUGGCGGCGGAUUUCAUGGGUCCCAAGUUGCAGGGUAGCAUUAAGCUCCAGAUGAAAUGCUAUAUAGCUGCUUUUUUGGGUGCUGGCGGCAUGUCUCUCAUGGCAAAAUGGGCUUGAGACUUGAGAUCAUUUCAUGUUCUUUCUUAGUUAUUGUUUAGUUUGAGGGAACGGAGGGAGAGGAAGGAGAAGAGAAGAAAAACAAUAUCUUUCUAUCUCCAUUCCCUUCCUUUUUCAUUUUUUUCUUGAACUGAAGUUAAAAUCCCUUUUUCUUGUUUUGAUACACCAUCAAAUCAAAUAAAAUAUAAAUCUUUAU